GAGUUAAAAGUUGGUUUAGUAGGCAAAGAGUUCUCGAGAGAAGCAGAGCGUCCACCAACCAGCGCAUCAGAAGAACAUCGUCUCAACUCGCCUCUCACUUCUUCUACUCUUCUCACCUCUCGUCCCCUGACCUGAUCUGACCUCACCUGUGAUACCCCACAAGAAGAAUGGAAGUCAUCGCCAAGCCUGUCGCCCUCCACCCAUUCCACCGAGACCUGCCUGGAGAAACUCGCUCCGCGGUUCAACAUGUGGAUUUUGUGGAAGCAGCCGAGAUCGAUGAUGAUGGUGGGGCUGUGAUGACUCUUCGGUGGUUGACCGGUCGUCUGGAGACAGCUCUCCGACUGGCAAAAAAGGCCCACCUCGACUGCGGACAAGUUCUCCUCCCACCUUCGCUCCUCGUUCACAUUGCGUCUGACAUCGUGGGGAUGGCAGAAACUGAGCCAUGUGGGCUGCGGGGGGCUCUCAUAAUUCUUCACUUCCAAGGAUCUGCUCCUGCGGCCUCCAGCGAGAUUGGUCAACUUCGUGGAGACCAGCAUCUUCCACCCACUUUCCAAUUGCAUCUCACCCUCAAGGAGGAGGAAGCUCCUUGGUACGAAAAAAGACUGCCCCAAUUCAUCAGAAGCUGGACAAAGGGUCGGACCAUUGUCGUCGGAGAGGGUUACACCCUCGCGAAAAGGAAGCUCUACCGCUCCUCCUCGUCCUCCUCCUCCCACUGACAUGACCACCACCACCACCCACCAAAGCAUCACCACAACCAAAUAGCCAAUUACCCACCUUCGUUCUACUACAUGCAUACAUACCGUCAUCCUCAGCAAUACAAUAUGUAUACCACAAGCACACAAAACAAGGCGCAUCGUUUUCUGUAAAAAAAAGUCGUCCUCUAGUAUUAUAUGAAAAGAAUUAGGAAACGAAAGUCCUUGAAAAAUGUCUUCGUUCUCCGCCCCUCUUCUGGAUCUUCUGAGCGACGUGUCAUUAUUUAUAUCAAUUGUUAUUAUUAUUAUUAUACAUAUUCUCUUCUCUCCGAUCUCAUCAAUAUCAAAUUAAAUACCCCUCCCCCAAAAAAAGCUUACUUAAGGACGGUAGAAAAAUAUUAUAUAUAUAUAAAGCCAGCCACUUACUCGUCCUCUAGUCCAGAAGAGGACCAAAUAAUCCCAGUAAUCCUGUCCAGGACGGUCUCAAAAGUCACGAAAGCCAAAAAAACAUAAUUAUAUUAAUAUUAACAGUAGUUUAGCUAUUGUAAUAAUGUUUUGUAGUCUUUAACAUUUUUCUACCUGAUUAAAUUCACCUCGGUUAUUCUUAUCAAUUCAUCAUCGCAAGAAGGCUCGAGUGCAUGAAUGCAAAUUAAUCAAGCUUGUAUAGGAAAGAGAUUAGAUUCCAGUGCAUGGAAUGAAGUCGGAACGAUAUGUACCUUAAUUAAUUUCCUUAGUUCUUAUGAUCAUCAAUAUCAUCAUCAACUUGUAUGGUGUUACAUAUUACGAUAAAGAUUUUGGAAUCAACAAAACAAUUGUGUUAUUAUCUGUAUUAUAAGUGUCAUUAAAUAAUCACUGAUAACAAUGUGCAUUUAAAAUGAAACAAAGAACAAAAUAAUAAAAUAUGAAAGAUUUUCUAUGUUAUGAAACAA